AUAAGUAAAGGGCGCUAGGUUCGACGCAGUCUUCGCAGUUGGUUCGUCUAUGGGAGAGUUUUGCUCUAAACCGGAGAGUGGGAAUUCUCAAUCACAUCCCGGUGUUCCUGCUGUUGGUACUCAACAUGCUAGAUCAAGGGAAAGCAAUGUCCCGAGUGCUUCUGCAGCAACAGCUGGCUUUCUAUCUAAUAUGUGUGACACAAUAUCCCGCUUACAAUCCGAAAAUCAUUUACCCUCGAACGCCCCACCACCAGGUUCGCGGAUUGCCCCCAGCCCUGAACAGGGUUAUACCAGUAGUAUUAAUCGGAAUGGAAGGUCUGAUAGUUUUCCAAGUGGAGGUCCGGUGCUCACAACUGGGCCUCAUGCAGGGUUGUUAACUCCGGAAGAUAUGCUUGCUGCAGCACAGAUUUGUAGCCAUCUAAGUCAGUCACAACUCAACGCUUUGGCGGCUGCUUACCAUCAACAACAGCAACAAAUUCAACGUUCCGUUGGUCCAACUGCUUCAGGAACUUCAACACUUGGUCACGUCCCAGGAAUUACAUUUGCACAGACUCUAGCGGCUGUUACAUCUGUAUCGAAGUCAUCAUCUCCUACUAUUCCUCUCAGUGUUCACAGCUCUCAACAGUCACCUCGAUUGCCGGUUCAUUCAGUUCAAACACCUAUGCAUCAGGGGAACCAAAAACGCCCCCCUAGUGGUCAGUCACAGUUUCACUCAGGACAUCCUAUUCAAAUGGGUUCAACUACAUCUGGUACUCGUCCAGCUUCAGCAUCUCAGGCUGUCCUUCAUCAUCGCGGAAGUCAUCCAGGUCCUUCAGGAUUCGGGACAAUGAGUUCUCACGUCAGUCCAUCACAGCCAAUUACUUCACAUCUAGAUCAUAAUUUGCACAAUGCACAUCAUCAGACAAGGGCUUCACCAUCACUAUCACCCAGUCCUGGAAGCAAUAUUUACCAAAAUCGUCGUUCACAACUGGCCCCCCCUUCAACUCAUCCAAACAAAAGACCUCGUAUUUCCUUAGGAUCCCAACUACCACACUCCAUUUCAUCAUUACCUUCUGCUCAUGUAACAAAUACAAUUGCACCAGCUGAGAUGGAAGCUUUGUUGGGGAGUGUUGUUGCUAGUAAGGCGAUGGCAAGUAUUGCAGCUGGUUCUAACUUUCUUAAUCCAAACGCCUAUUCUGCAGCCACAGAAGUUGCCGCUGCAGCCGCAGCAGCCCUCACACCUUUUUAUACAUCCAUUAAUAAUAGUAGCUUAUCGAACCCAUCAUCUGUCGUCACUCCAAAUCAAGCUGCUUAUCAACCGCAUAUUCAACAUCAUGGUUCAUUCGGUAGUAAUUCAACUUCUGGCACUCAUUUAUUCAACCAACAACAUGUUUUGCCAUCUUCCAGUUCGGCGUAUCCAGGUUCACUGAUGGGUACCUUACCUGGUUCACUUCUAACCUCAUACAAUAACAGACCAUUUCCUCAUGCAACUGCGUCUACCCAGGCGAUAACUUCCGGGCAAGCCCUAGUUAGUGCACCUGUCUUGGGAUCACAAACUGUAACUAGUCAGCCUCCAUUGUCACAUAUGCCAGCGAAAGCAUCACAUCCAACAUCAGUCUCCCAAAUCCCUUCUCGCCUGAUUUCUGGCCAUCUUCAUCAUCCACCUGCUGCUACUCAUCCUAGUCAAGGCAAUUUCCACCAGUCAAAUCAUCCUUUACCACAACCAGGUUCUCAACAUCAUGUGAUGGGGCAUUCUAAUCUCCCUCAAGGGAGUGGUGUACUUCGACAGCAGACUAAAGAACCGGCUUAUCACCCACAGGUUGAAGCCAUAUCCCCUGCUCCUGAUGAGUCUCGUCUAGUGGAUGCCCAAGAUGCAAAGCUUCAUCGUGAAAGGGAAGAAAUUAACCGUCAACUGACAGUAUUAGAUGCUGAUAUUAAUAAACAAGAAUCACAUCUAAGAAAUCUGUGUGAACGGGAGGCUCGUCUAACAGCUCGACUUGCGGUAGCACCUGCACGCGAUACAUCGAACAAUAAUUUGAACGGUAACGAUUAUGAAAGUAAAUCAGAUAAAGGGGAUCUUGCUGUUCCGGAAGUAUCUUUCACUUGUAAAACCGGUUUCGAACGAAAUUACGAAAACCCAAUACAGGCAAUUAUUUCUGACAACCGCCAACGCACUCGUCAGCGUCAUCUCAUUUUCACAAGACUUUGUGGUCCCAAAGUUCGACCUGGACCACAUGCCCUGCCAUUUUAUCGCCAACCAUCCGACUUAUCAAGUGUAAGGGCUAUACAAUCCAACUUUCGCAACCAUUUCCGUCCAAAACUUGUUGUUUAUCUUCAAAGACGUCUCCGUGCUGAACAAAGUCGUAUCAGUUUUUUGGCUCAACAAUACGGACGAAAUUCUAGAAUAUUUACCAAAAAGAUGGACAAAUUACUCAGUACGACCAAACGUCGUCAACGUGAUCUUCGUCAUCGAGAUAUUUUUGAGAAAGCGAUGCCGGAAGUUAAAAAAAAUCGCGAAGACAGGGAGAUGGGAAACACGGAAUACACUAAACCAGGGAUCGAGGACGAUUCUGGCGGGGUUUCUAACCUAACUGAUGGUUCUCAGACUACUCCCUACGAUGCUAUCGAAGAGAUGAAUAAAUUAAAGGAAUAUGCGAUUGAUCCUCCAGUUAUGCUUGCACCUUGGCAGCGUCGAUAUCAAUUCAUAUGUGAAUCAGGUUUAGUCACAGAUUGUCGUGCUCAGCUCCAAGAAAAUCAAGAUCUGUCGAAGUGGUCGGAAGAAGAAAAGCAAAUAUUUAAAGAACGCUAUUUAGCCACUCCUAAAAAUUUUACUUCGAUAGCUUCAUACCUAGAGCGGAAAUCUGUUGCAGACUGUAUCCACUAUUACUAUUUAUCCAAAAAGAAAGAAGGUUAUAAACAGCUGUUGAAGAAGCAUAAUGCUCGUCGACGCCGAGCAGCUCAGACUGAACGUGGAGGGGGCGGUAGUGCUGGUGGAGCUGCUAGCAAUUCAAAUGCUGGCGGGAGUAGCGGAAGCCAUAGUAAUACUAAUAUAAACUCGAUCCCUCCAUCUUCUAGUAAUUGCCAAAAUGGGCAUACGAAUAUAAAUUCCCCUCGUGGAGAGCGUAAUGAAGCAGAUGAAAAAGAUCCAGGUGGAUUAAAAAAUUCACAAACUGAUUCUUCUGGGUUUCCUGAAUCUAAUGAAACAGCUGAGCAUAAGGAUGCUGAUGGAUACAGAAAUAAUAAAAAAGAGACGCAUCAUGGUGGUAGCGGUGGGAGUACUAGUGCAAGAAAUAGAGCUGGACGGGGUCGUCCACCACAACAUACAAAUCAUUCUAAUAUCGAUAACCACAAUGUUGGAUCUCAUGGGCGAAAUCGUGGUGGUAAUAACAGUACUCGAAAUAACGUCGAACCUCAUAGUGUUCACGUUCCUUCGGAUGUCAAGGUACCUGAACAUGAUACUCUAGUUCCUACGAUCGACAAAGAAUCACGGUCUGGAGAUAAUGUAAGAAGUGAUCCUGGAGUACAUAUAACCGUUUCUUCUAAUGCUAAUUCUCAGUGUGCAGAAUCUGUGACUGAUUCAAAUAAACUGGCUCAACCCCGAACACAUCCUGCAGUGGUUUCCAGUUCUUCAACACGCAUCAAGGAUUUGAUUCACUUUGCUAUUGAAAAAAAUCUUACCAAGCCUUCAUCAUGUGAUAAUCAAGUAACCACAACUGAAACUUUGUCUUCCCGUAUCUCCUCGAUAGGUCCUAGUUCCUCUCAAUCUACUUCAACUAAUAUGGCAAGUGUAAUUACAAACUCUAAGCAUAAUAAAAACCCUUCAACUUCAAUUUCAACUGUGAUCCCAAGUUGUCUAGUCUCUAGUCAUAUGGUUACGGAUAAUUCAGAUACAUCUAUUGUUUUUCCAUCGACAACGGCAGCUGAGAUUUACGCAGCUGCUGCACGAUUUGCAGCUGUUAGCGCUAGCGUUUGUGGAAUGAAUACUGAUCCAUCAGUGAUGUCUGUUUCGUCCACGGUUGAUUCUUCCGGAAGUCAUAAACUGGAUGUUAAUAAGUCAUCUGUAUCUACUGCUUCCUUAUCAAGUAACCUACAUUCAAAAUCAGAACUGUCUGAUUUUACUAGCGUGGAUGCAGCAAAAAAAUGGAUGUCUUCAUUUGUCCCAUCAUGUGGUUCUUUAAGUCUUUCUCAUCAAACUUCUGAUAGUCGUCUCAUGGAUCCAUCUGCUUCUAGUAAAGCAAUUCUUAUCGGAGAUUUUUUAACAGCGCAACAACUCGAUCGUGCCGAUUCAUCUAAUUGGGGUGGCAAUCACUCCAAUUCACGCCAAGCUGAUUACGCUGGAUCCUAUCAAAGUUCUAGAUCUAUUGAUCCAUCUACCUUACCUGUCUGUAUUAGUCAUAUUUCUGCAGCCUAUGGGAAUUUUGAUUGUCACCCAGUAUCAGAUUUUCGAACAUCAUCAAGUGUUUCUGAAAAAUGCUUGGGGAGUGAUAUCCUCGCUGAACAUGCUAUUAGGUUGGCUAUACAUGCGAAAGCUGCCGCUGCAGCAGCAGCUGCGUCGUCAUCGGUUAGUCAGUUUGAUGGUCGUAGUUCAUCUGUGUCAGAAAACAAUUUUAGUGGUCCAGAACGCUGUGUAUACUCACCUCUGUCUCCAAGUCCUGUUAAAGCUGAUAGUUUAUUGCCACCUGCCAACCAUUCUACUCCUCCGUGUCAACCUAAUCCACUUUUGGGAGUUCCAGUUUCUAGAAAUGAUACCAAUCACCAAUCGACAUCUUCAUUUACUCGCCAGCUAGAUAAUAGUCUUAAUUCUAUAUCUUUCAAACCAGAAAAUGAUCCUAACAUGUCCAUAAAUUCAGAUCAGGUGGCAUCAUUUAUUGCAAACGCUAAUAAAUUAUAUCUAGAAGAACUUGGGUCGUAUACUUCUCGUGAUCGAUCUAAUCCUAUACGGACUCUAAUGGGUAACGAAUCUUCUCAGUUUUAUGGUGUUAUACAACAGUUACGGCAGCCAAAGGAGGAAAGUAGUUCUCUCCACCUUCCAAGUGCUUGCAAUGUGUCUGUUACUAAUAUCAACAUUCCAAAUCUGAAUUUUAGAGAUCAGCAGUCGGAAUAUAUGGGUAUGUGUCUACCACGUCCACAUUCAUCUGAGGGUGCCGGUAAUCAUACAUUUGGUUCAUACAUGAAAAGUGAAUUAUCAAGAGGAACUCCAAGAUGUAUACCAUCUAAAGGUCAAAACGAUCGCAUACAAACAUCUAGUAAUCCAACUGAACUCAGUCAAUUUGUAUCAGAUUCUGUCAACCCGGUUAAUAAUAUAGAUUCUCAUGUUUCCUCUAAUACAAGCAAGCGUUCGUCUGUGCAUGGGGGUUUGAAUACACUAGAAAGCCAUAUUAAUAAGGCUAUUACAGAGGAAAUACGAGCUCAAACAAUUUCAAGAAAUUCAUUUUUCUCACACAAUAUAUGUUCGCCUCAUCUACCCAGGACUCCAUCACCUAUUAGCAAACACCAUUCCACACGUAAUUCAGGUUUGUGUGCAUGAAGUUUUAUGUCUAAUCAUUGGUUGUUAAUAUAUUACGUUUUGUUUAUAAAGCACUGUAUUAUUUAGCUAACUUUGGUAUUCGGGAUAUAUCUGACAAAAAAAACUAAUGAACUUUUGUGAUCUGGUUACUGAUAUUGUUCAUGGAAGAGAACAUGAGAUUUAGAUAUUAUGCUGUUUUUCAUCAAUAUUGACCACUUUAUUAUGUCAUUUUUCUGUUCAUUAAAUGCAAUGGAAUAAGACAGCAUUAUUGAUUUGACUUUUAACCCGGCUCAUGUGUGGAUCAGUUUGCGUUACCAUAACACAUCAGAACAGCGAAAUGAAAUUACCCAGACAAAUGCCCAAAGUAAUAGAAUUCGUAUAAGUAAAAACAUAGUUAGGCAUAGAUUAUAUGCUUAGAGAAGAAAAAAUUCCAUUUGAAGGAUAAGAGGUAAAAACUUUCGGAAAAAAAGAGUAGAUGUUUCUAGGUCACUGUAAUCGGAUGCGUUGCUAUCGUAUCGAACGUCUCCAACUAUAAGUCAAUUUAUUUCCAAAUUUAGUAUUUAAUUUAUCACCACCUGACUAUUAUCAUUCUAAUACUAAUCAGCAUAUGUUCACUAGUGACUGGCUUCAAGAAGUAUUUCUUGAGGUUUUGAUGAGAAGCAGUUAUCAGUGGAUAUAGUAACUCAAUGAAGACAAUGGUGGAUGUGUCGCUCAAUUUCGUGGAUUAGUUGAAGGUUGACAUUAACACCAUUGUAUGCCGGCUCAGUGGUUUAGUGGUUAAGCGUUCGCGCACGAGAACGAUAUGUCCUGGGUUUGAAUCUCAUUAGUUGGGAUCGUGGAUACUCACUGCUUAGGAAUUCUACAAUAGGACGAAGCGGUCGUCCAGUGCUUCCAGGUUUUCCGUGGUAGUCUAGCUUCAAUUGACUCAUGAAUUCAACUAUUGAAAUUAUGAUUAUUUUUUUGGUGAAUAAUCUAUUAUAUUGUGAGUUAUUUUGCUACAUCUUCGUGUAUAUACAUUUCAUAUGUAACGUAUUCAAAUGAUGAUAUUAUAUUCUUAUCUUUUAUCUUUUUGUACCAUUAGUUUAAUUUCUCGUUUUUUAAAAUAAUAAGCUUAUGUCCCAGUCAUUAUUAACGAUUUAAUCUCACACUACUUACAAGUAACUGGAAAAUGGGCAUGUAAAAGUUUUCUGUUAUUUCAGCAUGAUUAUUUUGCUGAAUUUUACUAUUACAUUUAGUCUCUUAGCUAUUAUAUUUCACAAACAUGUGUAAAAAUGUUUUGGCAAUAAUAGAAAAUUUGGGCAUUGUAUACCCAAACUUUGUGAAUUUGCUCUUUCUUAAGUAUAUAUUGAUUCGAAAUUUUUGAAAUUGAGUUUUAUUUUAACGUGUUAAUAUCGGAAUUCCACUUUUAUGCAAGUAUAGAUUCUCAAUUUCAUUUAAAUGUUCCGCUGAAGAAGCAGGAUCGUUCUAUUUCGCGCUCUCCCGGUAUGGUGAACAGUUCAAUGAUAUCAGGUUCUAGAGAUUCUUUCAAAAAUUCUACUUCUAAAAUCCCAGCACCUGAACUUCUUACGGCAAAACUUCCUGCUGCUAACAAUGAAGACUUUUUAAAUAAAUCAAAUCAAAAAGGGUAUGCACAGAAGCGAAAAGUAUCUGAAAUGGUCAAAAGUAAUUCAUUGUCUAGUAAUAUUGACUCUGCAGUAGACCAUUCUACUUCGUCAGAUGGUGGUACAGAAUCUCCAGGAUUAUUACAAAUAGACUUAGCUGCCUCUGAUUUUUCACCUAAGGUUGUGUCGGGUGCAAUGAAUACACAUCUUAAGGAUGUUCCUCACUUAUUGUCAUGCAAUACUAGUUCUAGUUGUAUUCAAUCUGUUAAAGAAUGCGAACGUGAUGAUUCCCUAGAUCGGUGGUCACAUACAUAUGGAAAUGAAAACAGUAUAGACUGCAAUCAUAGUUCAACGGGAUUGCUAGGAAAUUAUGCUGUCGACUCAUUGGAUUCAGCUCCGUUAAACUCGCUAUAAACGUCUAUUUUGUAUUUAUGAAUAAAGAAAUAUAUUAAUAUGUUUUGAAACGUUGCCAUGGUUAUAUAUGUACUGUAAAAAAAUGUUGGAAUUUUAGUUUUUCUUUUUAAACUGAUUUGGUUCCAAAUCUGCUUGUUUUAAUCUGACAUUUAUUUAAAAUAUCAAAUCGCCAAACUUUAAAUUUCAGUAUCAUUUUUGAUAUGUGUCCUAUCGAUUCAUCGGAUAUAGUUUAUUAUUUUGCACUUAUGUUUCCCUUUUUGUAGUUCACAUUUUUUGUAAUUUUUUGAAUACAUGAAUGCUGUUGGCUUACAGACAGUGCAACAAAUUUUAUUUUAAUGACACAUGUCUCUAAUAUAUGUGUAUGUAUGUUGCCCCAUGGACAACUUUGUUUCAUUUUCUAACUCCCUCUUUUUCUAUCUCUGUGUUGUCCUCAACGUACUCUAUUCCUGCUUUUGAAACAUACCGGUUUAAAGUUCUGUUUGUCUAAAUCGACUAACUUAUCGCAUACAAUAACAAAAAGGGUGCAUCAACGUAGUUCGAGUAAUGUAUGCACAAAAAAAACAAACUUCUAUUUUACUAGUUUCAUAUUGAUAUUAAUUGUUAAUCAGGUUUAUAAUAACAAUUAACAAUACUGUUUUAAGUGAUUGUAUGAAAUAGAAUUGUUCUAAUGUUUACUCAUACUAGUCGUUUUUCCUCUUAUUUACGUUACUUUAUAAUCAUUUGCCUUUUGUGUAGUUUUAAGUUCAUGUUUGAUUUAUUUCCAAAUUUUAAACAGGUUUCCUUCGAAAAACGCUCGGUUUACUUAUUUUCAUUGUUAUCCUGUUUAGAUUUAUUAUAAUUAGCACAACAACGAUGUGAUUUCCUCUCUUCCAAAUUAUUGUUAUACUUGCAUUUUGACAUUUUGUUACCCUUAUGGCAGUAUAAUUGUAUUUUUAUUGAACGUGAUAUGGUUGCGAAUAUAGAAUGCUUUCUGUUUACUAU